AUGAAGAAAUGGCAAGAUGGUGUCGAUGAUUGUUACGAUGGAAGUGAUGAAGUAUGUCUGCCAUGGCAAUUCGACUGCCAAUUUGGAUCACCGAGAUGUAUUUCGAAAAACAAGUUGAACGACAAAACGAUAGAUUGUUAUUCUGGUUUCGAUGAGGGAUGUCCUGCUCAUUAUUUUGUUUGCCGAGAUAGGAGUGCAUGCAUUCAACCAUCCAAAUAUCUUAAUGGUUUCGCUGAUUGUGUUGAUAAGUCUGAUGAACCUUGUGCUCAAAACCAAUUUCAAUGUGCAGACGGUACAAAAUGUAUUCCGAAAUCUCAAUUCCAAGAUGGGAAAGAAGAUUGUGAUGAUGGAUCAGAUGAAGAGUGCACAACUUCACAAUUCGCUUGCCAGUGUGGAAGAGUGAGAUGUGUUUCUGACAAGUUCAUAAUGGAUGGAAAUUGGGAUUGCGAAGAUGGAUCUGACGAGUUUAUCAAUAAAUCUAUAGCCGCGAAUUGCACUCGAAACAACAAAGUCAACAUUGCCACCAACUCUCUUUCACUGGGAAAAUUGAAGUUUUGUUCCGGAAAGAAUCCUUGUAAGCCUGAAUUGGGACAAGUUUGUGUGAUAAUCGGCGGAACAUGGCGAUGUGUGUGCAAAUUAGGAACAUUUCGACCACUUGGAUCAGAAAAAUGUAUUCCAAUUGAGUUGCUGACAAGAUAUCGGAAUGCUCCAAGUAGUAAUUGCUCAAUCACUCUUGAAGAACAGUUUGGUCUACUUCAAGGUUUUCAAAACAGGGAUUUUUCGAAAACCCAGUUGGAAAGAUUUAACAAUAUUCGAAGGGCGCCAACUAGAACAUUAUCCGGAACUACUCCAGGAGGAAGCGAUGGUUUUCUUGAAAGUGGAACAGAAAGAAUUCCAUUUAUGUUUCAAGAAGAUAAAAACUAUGUCAGUGUGAUACCAGAUGAAAUAAUUGACAGUUACGGAACCAUUAUGACUCCACCGGAAUUCCACUUCAAUCGGGACGAUAUUCAAUGUGGAAACAAGACAUGCGGACUCCAUGAGAGAUGUCAACGAAAUACAGAAGGGAAGUAUGAAUGUGAAUGCAGAGAGGGGUUCGUCAUGUUCAGUGGAAACUGUCAUGAACUAGUCAACGAAUGUCUCCAGAAGAAGCAUGAUUGUCAUCCGGAUGCUCGAUGUGUUGAUGCUCUGAUUGGAUAUGAAUGUUUAUGUCGAGAAGGUUACCUGGAUACUUCAAUUGAACCGAAGGGAAGACCCGGGAGAAAAUGUAGAAAAUUGAUAAACGAAUGCACAAAUGCUAGUCUGAAUGAUUGUUCUCAGAAUGCCAGAUGUUUAGAUAAACCAAUUGGAUAUACGUGCCGAUGUCAAGAUGAUUAUGUAGAUGUUUCAUCUCAAGGCGCUCGGAAACCCGGAAGAAACUGUACUCAAGCUAUCAAUGAAUGCGCACUGAAUUUACAUAAUUGUGAUCCCCAUGCGAUUUGUCAGGAUCAACCAAUUGGAUAUUCAUGCAGAUGUCCAUUUGGAUUUAUUGAUGCAAGUCAAGGGCUAUUGGAGCCCGGAAGGAAAUGCGUUUUGGCCGAUGAAAGUGUUUCCAACUCAACAAAAACAACUCAAUGCAAGAAGGAUACAAGUGGUGAAACCAUAUGCAACUGCCUUCCAGGAUAUAGAAAUGUUGGAUCGAAGACACAUUUGGAUUGCCAACUAGAGAAAAGAGCCAACCCAUGUCAAGAUUAUUCACUUCAUGAUUGUGACCCAGUAGCCGAAUGCUUCUCAGAACAACCUGGUUAUUUCCAAUGUCAAUGUCCGAAAGGAUUCACUGAUGCAUCGUCAGACAAACGGUUUCCCGGUCGAAAAUGUGUGAGAGCUGUGGACGAAUGUGCAUUGGGAAGACACACUUGCGACCCUCAUGCUGACUGUAUUGAUACCCACCAGGGAUAUACAUGCAAGUGCAGAAGCGGAUGGUCUGACAUGUCUCUCGAUCCUCUCCGAAGUCCCGGACGCAGCUGUAAAAAAGCCGACAUGUGUUCCAAUAUUGACUGUGCCGCGGAAGCUGAAUGCCGUGAAACACCAAUUGGACCAAUGUGUCAAUGUGUAAGUGGAUACGUGGAUGUGUCAAGACAACAUGGAAGACCAGCUGGAAGAGUAUGUCGUGCUGUUGUGAAUGAAUGUGCUGAGGGACGACAUGAUUGUUCAGCUCAUGCAACAUGUAUUGAUACUGCUGAUGGAUUCACUUGUCGUUGUAAAGAUAGUUAUCGGGAUGAAAGCCCAGAUACUCUCAAACAUCCAGGAAAAGUUUGUGUUAGAACAGUAAUCCCAGAUCCACCAGAGUGUGACGUCAGUGAUCCAAUGAGUUGUGAUCCUGGAAAACGAGAAGUCUGUAUCUUUGUUGAAAACACCUACAAAUGCCGUUGUGCUAAUGGAUAUUCUCGUUUGCCAGAUGGAAGAUGUGUUGUGAUUAAUGAAUGUUCUGAGCCAAGAUUGAAUUCUUGCGGCAAGAAUGCAGAAUGCAUUGAUUUGGCUGAAGGAUACACGUGUCAAUGCCGAAGUGGAUACGCUGAUAUUUCUCCAGUUUCGCAGCCAGGAAGAAUUUGUAGAGCUCGUGUCAAUGAAUGCAGCAACAAAGAAAAAUACAAUGUGGAUUGCUCUGAAAAUGCAAUAUGCGUCGACACAGAACACAGUUAUUCCUGCCGUUGUCGUCCUGGGUUCGCAGAUGUUUCAGCUUCAUUCAACAAACUUCCUGGCCGUCGUUGUAUUGAAGCAGUCAAUGAAUGUGCUUCUCCAUCUCUCAAUGAUUGCUCGAAGAACGCUUUCUGUGAAGAUGCAAAGGAAGGAUACAUAUGUUCUUGUCGUCCUGGUUACGUUGAUAACUCUCCGAAUGCUGCUCGUCAUCCAGGAAGAAUCUGCACAAAACCAGUUGAACAAAUCAAGACGGAAUUGAAGGAUACUUCAUUCUCAACUGAUGAUGGAUGUGAUCCAAAGAAUCCGAAGUGUGGAUCAAAUGAAGCCUGUGUGAAUCGUCAUGGUCAGCAUACUUGUGAAUGUGUUGAGACUGCUUUCAGAUACACUGAUGGUAGCUGUAGAGUAUAUUCUGCUUGCUCCAAACGCAAUACUUGUGACAGAAAUGCGAUUUGCCUCAAUCGAUUCGAUUCUUACACUUGUCAAUGUCGUCCAGGAUACAUUGAUUUAUCAGUAGAUCUGGCUAAUGCACCUGGAAGAAUCUGUAAAGAAUUGAUCAAUGAAUGCGCAUCUUCCGAUAAUGAGUGUUCACCGUAUGCCAGAUGCAUUGAUGCCACUAAUGGAUACGCUUGUCAAUGUCUUGAUGGAUACAUUGAUGUGAGUAGCAGAUACAACAAACCACCUGGCAGACAUUGUACCAAUUCGAAUAACGAAUGUUCGGAGAAAUCUUUGAACACUUGUGAUGAGAACGCUGACUGCGUUGACACUCCUGAUGGAUACACGUGUCAGUGUUACGGUGGAUUCGUUGAUGUCUCUUCAAAUGCAAAUUUGCCACCUGGACGUGUGUGUACAGUACAGACAACUUGUCCAAAACAGAAAACUGAUCUCGUUUUCUUGAUUGAUGGAUCUGGAUCCAUUGGAUCGUAUGUAUUCAAAAAUGAAGUGCUUCGAUUCGUCAGUGAAUUCGUUGAGCUUUUUGAAAUUGGAAGAAGCAAGACUAGGGUUGGAUUGAUCCAAUAUUCUGAUCAAAUCCGUCAUGAAUUUGAUUUGGAUCAGUAUGGAGACAGAUCUUCAUUGCUGAAAGGAAUCUCGGAAACUCAAUAUCUAACUGGAUUGACUAGAACCGGUGCUGCAAUUCAACAUAUGGUACAAGAAGGUUUCAGUGAGAGACGAGGAGCAAGACCCCAGCAAAGCGAUAUCGCUCGAGUUGCCAUUAUUCUGACUGACGGAAGAUCUCAAGACAAUGUAACUGGACCAGCUGAUUCAGCCAGAAAACUUUCAAUCAACACAUUCGCAAUCGGAGUCACUGACCACGUUUUGGCCAGUGAACUGGAAUCAAUCGCUGGCUCGCCGAAUCGUUGGUUCUAUGUUGACAAAUUCAAGGAUUUAGACACGAGACUCCGAUCGAUGAUUCAAAAAGCAGCAUGCCCAUCUCCAACAAAACAAGAGACUCCAUCUGAUGAUGUUUGUAAUCCAAGAACUCAAACUGGAUGUGAUAGAAGUCUGAAUGAGCAUUGUGCCGUUGAAUCAGGAAGACCAAGAUGUGUUUGUCCAGAAGGAUUCACGAGACAUCCAUUAACACGUGUCUGUGGAGGAGAUCUUUGUAAUCCACAACUCAUCACUUCGUGUAUUUUCCCAGAAGAAUGCCAGAUUACUCCAUACAAAAACUUCCGAUGCGCUUGUCCAGAAGGGUACAACAGAGAUUACAGAAGUGGAUUCUGUGUGUCUAUCAAAGAAGUCCACAUCUCACCACAACAUGAUGCUAACUGCCAUAACGGAGGAGUACGUUGCUCUGAAAAUGAAAGAUGCGCCAACGAUGGAUCCGAUUGGUUCUGCGAGUGCUUGCCAGGAUUCGAAAGAAUCCGUAAUGGACAAUGUGCUUAUCCAGGGUCUUGCAAUCCAAACGAUCCAAUGUCUUGUGAUGUCAGAAAGAGACAACAAUGCCUUCCACACGGAAAUAUUUACACGUGUCAAUGUGGAAGAAAUGAAAAACGACACCCGAUCACUGACAUUUGCUUGAAAAACGAAUGUCUGUCUGGGGACCACGACUGUGAUCGAUCUGCUCGAUGCAUCGAUACAGACGAGAGUUACAUUUGUGCUUGUCUCUCCGGAUUCAUUGAUCAUUCUCCAAAUCCAACUGAAAGACCUGGAAGAGUUUGUGUUGCUCAGCAGAACGAAUGUCUCGAUGGAUCGAACCGAGCUUUGGUUUCGCAGAAGAAAAACGACGGAUCGGGAUGCUUGAUGACGAAACACAUUCUCCGUGAGCACAUAACUCUCCCAAUGAACAUCUUCCUCCACAAGCUGGCAUGGCCGAGUGUCCUACGAUUCCGGUGUAACUACGACGAGGUGGCGUCACACAUUUUCCAUUGA